AUGCCAAAUGAUUAUUGCUUGGACUAUUACAAACCAAGGUCUGUUGUAAUGAUAUACGAUGUCCCCGUGUAUCCUCUCCCUGACCGAAGUGAAUGGAAUAUACCAGCACAUAUAUCAGAGGAAGUUGUCUUACCACCCAAAUGGAAGAGACCUCUUGGAAGGCAAAAGAAGAAGUGCGAUAAGCCAUUAAGUGAAAUUCUUCAUAAGAAGAGUCAACAAUCAUGUAGUAUAUGUGGACAGUGUGGACAUAAUAAGCAGCUAAGUUAUGAUGCUCUUGGUAAGCCAAGAGGAAUGGAUGUUUGCAUAGCAACAUCAGCUGAGACAGAUAAAGAGGCACAUAGAUUACUUGCCCUCAUGGAUCUUCUCCUUGAAGCUGAUUUAAAUGGCAGCAACCAAAAUCGAUCCAGAUCAUCCAUACUUUCUGCAUGUUCUGAUUCUCCUCGAAUGUGUUUGAUUUCUCCUCCUUUCGAUGGAACUGGUUAUGGAGGAUGGAGAAAAUCAAUUUUGAUUGCUUUAUCUGCUAAAAAUAAGCUACGCUUUAUUGACAACAAUUUGGUCAGGCCUAAGGAUGACUUACCAGAUUUGCGAUAUUGGAUAAGGUGCAAUGACAUGGUGUUUGCCUGGCUUUUUAAUUCCCUUACUCCAGACAUCAGGCCCAGCGUGAUUCACUCUAAAUCUGCAAGGAUUCUGAGGAAACAGCUUGAAGAUAGGUAUGGGCAAUCCAACCUAGCACAAUCAUUUGAAUUGAAAAAACAACUAUUAGAAACAGUGCAAGGACCUUCCAACAUUGCUACUUACUUCAACAAGAUAAAAGCUAUAUGGGAUGAAAUAGAAUUACUUGAUGCAAGGACUGUAUGUAUUUGUGUUGAUUGUAAGUGUGGAGCUAAUGAUAAGAAUGAUGCACUUGAAGAGAGACAGAAAUUGGUUCAGUUUUUAAUGGGACUAAAUGAGUCAUAUAUUAAUGUUAGGGAAAAUAUCAUGAUGAUGCAUCCUCCACCAAAUAUUGAUAGGGCUUACUAUUUACUCUUGCAAGAGGAAAGGCAAAGAGGGAUACAAAACAUGGUACAUUAUCCUAGUGACUCUGGGUCAUUUGCUGUGUCAACACAAAGAUUUAAUUCAACUCAAGCUAAACCUACAACCUCUACAGUGAAUAACACUGGUGGUUAUACUUUUAGAACUAAUCAAGACAACAGGAGAAGUCUGAAUUGCAACUAUUGCAAAAAGCCAGGACAUACAAUCGACAAAUAUUAUAAACUUCAUGGUUAUCCACUGAAUUUCAAGCCAGGUUAUCCACAGAAUUUCAAACAAAGAAGAUUUCAGAAUUCUAUUCAAGGAAAUGCAGUAACAACAGAUGAAGGUUAUGGUCAAGUUCAAUCCCAUGAUGUGGAAGCAACCAUUGGUAUAAAGCACGAACAGUUGACACAACUAAUGGAAUUACUUCAACAAGUUAAAAUUGGUCAGGAAGCUACAACAAAUUCUGAAACCAUUGCCAAUGCUAAUUGUGCUGGUACAUGCUUGUCUAAUCUUUCCAAUUCACAAAGCAAUCUUAGGAGUCAUAUUUGGAUUCUUGACUUUGGAGCUUCAGAACACAUGGCUUUUGACUAUAGCAUCAUUGUUAAUAUCAAGCCUUUACCUAAUCGUGUUAAUGUUAAUCUUCCUAAUUCACAAAGAGUAAGAGUAACUCUGGCAGGACAAGGCCUUUCUUUGAGGAGGCCACUGGUCCUUGGUGAUGUGAAGGCUGGUCUUUACCUUUUCCACUCAACUCACAAGCUUACUGAUUCCCUGCAUUCAAAUAAAGCUGUCACAUUUUCACAGAAUUCUUCUCUACCAUACUGCAAUUCUCAUAUUAUGUCUAACUCUGUUAAUACUGAUAAAAAUCUGUGGCAUGGGGAAUGUUUACUUACUGCCACUUUUCUCACUAAUAGAUUUCCUACCAAACUUCUACACUACAAAUCUCCUUAUGAAAUACUGUUUCACAAACCUCCUAAUUACACUUUUCUUAGAAGUUUUGGAUGCUUAUGUUUUGCUUCUACUUUGCCUAAUCUUAGAGGCAAACUUGAUCCUAGGGCUAUCACUUGUGUCUUCCUUGGUUAUCCUACUGGUAAGAAAGGAUACAAGCUAUUAAAUUUAGCAACCAAUAAGGUUUUUGUCUCCAGAAAUGUGAUUUUUCAUGAAUCUGUUUUUCCUUUUACACAUCCUACCACUACUUUCUCUCAGUUCUUUCCUCCUUCUUCUACUGUUGAUUUUUCUACACCACAACCUAUCACUUUUUCUGAUUCCUCUAUUCCUCUCCCCACUGAUGAUUCUCCUGCUCCUAUUUCCUCUCCAUUUUCAUUUCCUCCAACUGAUCAUAGUCCUGUUCCUAGUUCACCUUCUACAUUAUUUUUUAAUCCUUCUACUUCUUCAUCUGGUUCACCUAUCUCCUCCUCUCCAUCUCCUUCUCAUCCUCUCAUCCCUCCUGUUUCCUCUUCUGAGGUUCCUCCUGAUGCCUUGCGCAGAUCUUUAAGAGAACACAAUGCUCCUAGUUAUUUGUCUGACUACAUCUGUGGGGUAGUGCACCUAACCAAUGUAUCUAAUUCAUGUUUCCUCUCACCUGUUUCCCCUUCUACUAUUUCUUCCAAUCUACUUUCUGUUUCUAACCAAAGUUUGCUAAAUUCCCUACCUAAUGUCCAUGAGCCUUCUAGUUAUUCUCAGGCAGCAUUGGACCCUAGUUGGCAAACAGCAAUGGCUAAGGAACUUGAUGCUUUAAAGGCUAAUGAUACUCGGGAGGUAGUUCCAUUACCUGUUGGGAGGAAGGCUUUACCUUGUAAGUGGGUCUACAAGGUUAAACUAAAAUCUGAUGGGAGUGUGGAAAGGCUCAAAGCUCGUUUGGUUAUUAGAGGGGAUUGA